CAGUAGACAGUUCCGAGGACUAGGCUUCCUGAGAGGGGAAACCUUUAUUUAUAAAUUGAUUGCACUGAGGAUACAGCAAAGCAGUCAAGAGUUAUUUUGUCAGCACCUAUUGAAAAAGCGUUCUGCCACAAUGGCUUCGGACUCAGGGGCUAACAGUCCUGGUUCCGGGAUCAUGACCUUCCACCCCUCCAAGGAGGAGUUCAAGAAUUUCAGCCGCUAUAUCGCCUACAUGGAGUCGAAAGGAGCCCACAAAGCUGGGAUGGCAAAGGUUGUGCCUCCAAAAGACUGGAAGCCAAGGCGUUGCUAUGAUGACAUUGAUGACCUGGUGAUCCCAGCCCCCAUCCAGCAGGUGGUCACAGGGCAGUCGGGUCUCUUCACCCAGUACAACAUCCAGAAGAAGCCAAUGACUGUGCGCGAGUUUCGCAGGAUUGCUAACACUGACAAGUUCUGCAACCCCCGCUAUGUGGAUUUUGAAGAGUUGGAGAGAAAGUACUGGAAGAACCUCACAUUUAAUCCACCCCUGUAUGGGGCAGAUGUGAAUGGGACACUGUAUGAUCCUGACGUGACAGAGUGGAACAUCGGACACCUAAACACCAUUCUGGACACAGUAGAGAGAGAGAGCGGGAUCAAAAUCAAGGGAGUCAACACGCCCUACCUUUACUUUGGGAUGUGGAAAACCACCUUCGCCUGGCACACAGAGGACAUGGACCUUUACAGCAUCAACUACCUGCACUUUGGAGAGCCCAAGUCUUGGUAUUGUGUUCCCCCAGAACAUGGGAAACGACUGGAACGUCUCGCCAAAGGGUUUUUCCCUGGAAGUGCCCAAAGUUGUGAGGCUUUCCUUCGACACAAGAUGACAUUAAUCUCCCCAUCCAUCCUGAAGAAGUAUGGCAUUCCAUUUGAAAAGAUCACUCAGGAGGCUGGUCAGUUCAUAGUGACAUUCCCAUAUGGCUACCAUGCUGGCUUCAACCAUGGCUUCAACUGUGCAGAAUCCACCAACUUCGCCACUCAGCGCUGGAUUGAGUAUGGGAAGCAGGCAACUCUCUGCUCCUGCAGAAAGGAUAUGGUGAAGAUCUCCAUGGAUGUGUUUGUGCGGAAGUUCCAGCCAGACCGUUACAAGCAGUGGAAGGCGGGGAAGGACAAUGCUCCUAUCGACCACUCCAAGCCCACGCCUGAAGCAGCAGAGUUCCUAAAGGAGGAGCAGACAGGCCCUGAGGCAGAGGCCCCCUUUAAAGAGGAGAGCACCGAGAACAGCCCCACCUCAGAGGGAGAAAGUAAAAGCUCCAGUCCUUAUAAGCAGAGAAUUGGAGCAAAGAGACCACGGGCUUGCCAGGAUGCUCCAGAGGAGGUGCUACACAAGGAGGAGGAGGGCGAUGAGGUGGUGGAGAAGAAGGCCUGUCUGACCCCUCCAGAGCAGGACAGUGAGGGACCCAGCCUAACAGACACCGAAGCCUUUGAGGCACCUCAGAUGAAGCUGGAGGCUAACGUCAACACACAGCCACAGUCCCUGGAGAAGACUUUCCUGGGUAACGACAUCCCCACAGACCAAGAGUGUGCUGACAUCUGCCCUCCCCAGUCUGGAAAGCACCCCCCACAGGGCCAGGGGGUGGCAAGCACUAGUGGAAAUGCCCAGCCGGCUCAUCUGCUGUUCCAGAGAACUCUGAGCCCUGCUGAGGCCCUGCAUGUCCACAGCUACGCUAAAGGGGACUACUGUGAGGUUGAGACCCCUGCUGCAGAGGAGACUGGGACUGGCACUGAGACAGGGACACAGGAUGGUAUUAAGGGGGCAGAAGACAGCAAUGAGAGUGAGCAUGUGAAGACACAGCUCAGCAAACUGCCUCGUCAUCACCCCCUGAUCAAGGACUGCUUCAGUGAUGAGGAGCUCCAGGAGCAGAUGGCCACAGAAGAGGAUGGGCUGGAGGCGGAGCCCUGGGCCAAGCCCCUAGCCUACCUAUGGCAAAACAGACCUUAUAACCCGGAGAGAGAGAGAGCGUACAACCACAUGAUGGGUCUGCAGGCACCUUACUGUGCCAUCUGCAUGCUCUUCCAGACCUACCAGCGGACUGAGGGCGGUGACAGCAGCCAGAGUCUUGCAGAUCCCACAGAAGGGCAGCUGAGGACCAAGCCUCUGAUCCCAGAGAUGUGUUUCACCACCACAGCGGAUAACACCAAUGUGCAAUUCUCUGCUCCCUACCUGGAGGAAGAUGGCACCAGUCUGCUGAUCAGCUGCACACAGUGCAGCGUACGGGUACACACGAGCUGUUACGGCGUCGCCCCUGAGCGGGUGUCGGAGGACUGGAAGUGUGCACGCUGCACAGCCAACGCCAUGAUGGAGAACUGUUGUUUGUGUUCACUGAGAGGAGGGGCCUUGCACAAAGCCAACAAUGACAAGUGGGUGCAUGUGUUGUGUGCUGUGGCAGUGUUGGAGGCACGUUUCGUGAACAUUGCUGAGCGUAGUCCAGUGGACCUCAGUGGAAUACCUUUACAGAGGUUUAAACUGAAGUGUUACUACUGUAAGAAGCGCAUGAAGAAAACCUCAGGCUGCUGUGUGCAGUGCUCUCAUGGCCGAUGCCCCACAGCCUACCAUCCAACCUGCGCCCAGGCCGCUGGUGUCCUCAUGCAUCCCGAUGACUGGCCCUUUGUUGUCUAUGUGACCUGUUGCCGACACAAGGGCCCCAUCCACACUGAGCGCAACAAAGCUGCCAUGCGGGAGUUGGCAGUGGGACAGAGGGUGAUCUGUAAGCACAAGAACGGCCGCUACUACCAGUGUGAAGUGGUACAGCUGACCAAAGAGACCUUCUAUGAGGUCAACUUUGAUGAUGGCUCAUUCAGUGACAACCUCUUCCCUGAGGACAUUGUGAAUCGGGAUUGUGCGCAGCUGGGCCCCCCUUCACAUGGAGAAGUGGUGCAGGUGCGCUGGACAGAUGGGCUAGUCUAUGGAGCCAAGUUUGUGGCCGCGCAUGUCAUCCAGAUGUACCAGGUCGAGUUUGAAGAUGGCUCACAGCUAACGGCCAAGAGGGAUGACGUUUACACUCUAGAUGAAGAGCUGCCAAAGAGAGUGAAGACACGACUGUCUGCAGCAUCAGACAUGCGUUUUGAUGGGAUUUUCACAGAGAAGGACAUUAUUCAGGAAAACAAGAGGCAGCGGGUGAUCAACUCGCGGUACAGGGGGGACUACAUUGAGCCUGUCAUCUACAGAGCCAUUAUGGAGUAGUCAACCAAAAAUCUGCUCCUGCAGAGACCCACCAGCACUGAUGUUCA